AUGUCGGAUUACGAAGAUGAAAUGGACGUGGAUGCGCCCACCAAGGACGUUCAAUUCAGCUCAGAGAAUGCUAGUGGGAAAAAGAGGACGGUGGCUGAUCUGCCAGUACAAGCUCAAGACAAUUUGCCAUGGGUUGAGAAAUACCGACCAAGCACAUUAGAUGAUGUUUCAGGUCAUCAAGACAUUCUCGCAACAAUCAACAAAUUCAUCGAAAAGAACCGCCUACCUCAUCUCCUUCUUUAUGGUCCCCCAGGAACGGGCAAAACAUCAACAAUCUUGGCACUCGCCCGGCGGAUAUAUGGAACGAAAAACAUGCGACAGAUGGUGCUCGAGCUCAAUGCCAGUGACGACCGUGGCAUUGACGUUGUGCGAGAACAAAUCAAGACGUUUGCCAGCACAAAACAGAUCUUCACCAUGGCCCCCGUGGCCAAAGAUAGCACCUCUUCCCUCGCCGGCUUCAAAUUGAUCAUUCUGGAUGAGGCCGACGCCAUGACCUCGACAGCCCAGAUGGCCCUGCGACGGAUCAUGGAAAAAUAUACCGCAAACACCCGCUUCUGCAUCAUUGCCAAUUACACACACAAGUUGUCCCCGGCCCUUCUCUCACGAUGUACCCGAUUUCGCUUCAGUCCCUUGAAGGAGGCCGACAUUCGAGUCCUCGUCGAUCAAGUCAUUGAGAAAGAAAACGUGCGCAUCCAGCCUGAAGCUGUAGAGAGUCUCGUCAAGCUGAGCAAGGGAGACAUGCGACGCGCUUUGAAUGUGCUUCAAGCCUGUCAUGCCAGCAGUAUCCCCCUGCCCAUGAGAGAUGCCCCAAAUGCGCCCCUGCCCGAACAUGAAAUGAUCACCAACGAAACCAUCUAUGACUGUAUUGCCGCCCCACAUCCGGCCGAUAUCGAAGAGAUCAUGCGGACCAUUCUCUCCACGAGCGAUGUGACUUCCUGUCUCAACACCGUGAACACGCUCAAAUCAAGUAAAGGCCUGGCGCUGGCGGACAUUCUAUCUGCACUGGCAGACCAAUUGCAAAGGCUGGAUGUCCCUGCACAGACGCGGAUCACAUGGCUCGAGGGCCUCGCCGAGAUUGAGUGGCGGUUGUCGGGUGGUGGCUCCGAAGUGGUGCAGACGGGUGGCUUGAUUGGCGUGGUACGAAACGGGUGUGAAUUGAUGGGCGACCAAGGGGUCACUACAGCUUGA